AUGCUGCCGCUCAGCGACAUGCUUUCUGGUCCCAAAGGUCCCCUCGAGCUGAUUGGUGAAGCACUGGCUGCUUUUGAGAGAAUCGAGAAUUCCCUUGCCGAUGCCGCCUUACUCACACCUCCCGCUCCCGAAGCUCAGCUGUAUCUGAUGGUAGAUGCUUCGACCGUAGCCGUAGGUGCAAUCCUUGAACAACACCUUUCUGGUUCGACUUGACCACUUGCGUUUUUCUCCAAAAAGCUCUUAGCAGCUGAGACACGCUGCAGUACCUUUGGUCGUGAACUACUUGCCGCUUACCUGGCGGUGAAGCAUUUUCGGCAUUUCCUUAAAGGUCGGGACUUCACUGUUUUCACUGACAACAAACCGUUGACUUCGUUCUACUUCGUUCCCACUCCGACAAGUACAAUCCUUGGGAAAUCGCCCACUUGGACUUCAUCUCACAAUUCACCACCGACAUUCACCACAUUGAUGACACGAAUAAUGUGGUGGCUGAUAUGCUGUCUAGACCAUCACUGUCUUCCCUCCAACUCCCACACGGGAUCGAUAUUUGUGCCAUGGCGGCUGAGCAACAACGAGUCCGUUGUCCUGGUGACGAGUCUAUUAGUGGUCUCCAACUCUGACCGCCGGCUCUGGUACCGUACUUUGCGACGUCUCAACUCGUUUUCAUCGCCCUUUCGUGCCCGCCUUGAUGCGUCGAGCUGUAUUUCAAACUCGGCAUGGACUCUCCCACCAUGGAAUCCGAAGUCUUAAAGCUUCUCGCAAAAGUUUUGUCUAGCUUGGCAUGAACAAGGACGUCAAAGUGUGGACCCGGUCCUUUCUGAGCUGCCAGCGCAACGAGGUGCAGCGUCACAACAAGUCCCCAUCAGGCACUUUCCCCAGUCCCGACGCACGGUUCAGCCAUGUGCACCUGGAUGUCGUAGGCCCCUUUCCUCCAUCCAGUGGUUUCACCCACCUUCUUACCUGUGUCGAUCGAUAUACCCGCUGGGCGGAAGCUAUUCCUUUGUCGAAUGCGCAGGCUGAAACCAUCGUGAAGGACUUCGUCAGCCGUUGGGUCGCCAUGUUCACUGCCCCAUCCACGGUUUCGACUGAUCGUGGUGCCCAGUUUGAGUCGGCACUCUUUCAAACGCUACUCAAUUUCCUUGGCUGCACACGCAUUCGGACGACGGCCUAG